AUGGAGUACGAAUGCCCUUUUUGGGCCUAACAAAGAAUGUGUAACUCGAAUAAGUGCGCGAUUUGCGAAUGCACUGAAAAUGAAAUUCCAUCAUUCUGGAAAUCGCAUCAGCAAAAAACUGAGAUCUUUGAUCAUAGAUUAUCAAGUACCUCUAAAGAUUGUCCAACUACAGGAGAUGAAUGGUGUGCUGAGGAGGAGCAUGAUCCAAAGUCUGUCUAUGUAAACUUAGAAAAGAACAAAGAGUCAUAUACUGCGUAUGAGGGGAUGUAGAUUUGGAAAGCAAUAUAUCAAGAAAACUGCAUGAUUGAGAAAUUUAAAGAGUUAGAUGUGAGUAAAACAUGCUCAGAAGAGACAUUGCUCUAUCAAUUGAUAUCAGGCAUGCAUGCUUCAGUUAAUAUGCAUGUAUCGAAGAACUUCUAUGAUUAAAAAACUAACUAUGCUACUCCUAAUCAUGCAAUGUAUCUUAAUGUUAUUGGCCAGCAUGAGGAUAGACUCAAAAAUCUUUAUUUCCUGUUCGCAGUUGUAUUAAGAGCUGUUAACCGCGCAGCACCCAUGCUGAGAGCAUAUGAUUAUGAAACAUAGAUCAAUUAAGAGGAAGACCUCAUGACACCAUAGCAUGUAAACUAGCUUAUUGAAAUUACUCUGAGUCAUUGUGAAGAACCUUUCAAAGAGAAAAAUUUGUUUAUUAGUCUUGGAAAUGACUUUAGACAAGAAGUUUAAUUGAAAGAGAUAUAGACUAAGUUCUAUAACAUCUCAAGAAUUCUUGAUUGUGUAAGCUGCGAAAAAUGCAGAUUAAAUGGCAAGGUAUAGAUUAAGGGUAUAGGCACAGCAAUGAAGUUGCUAUUUAGUACUAAUGUUAAUAGCUAGCAAUUGCAACUAAAAAGAACAGAGAUAAUAGCAUUGUUAAAUACUCUAUACAAACUAUCAGAAUCACUAGAAUUCUAUUAAGAAUUCAUAAAAUUUGAAUAAAGUAGUGCAAAUUAGAUGGAGUUUCUAAAAUAUAUAGUCUCUUGCAUCAUCUUGAUCUUAAUAUUCAUAGUUGAUAGAACUAUAAAAAGUAAAUCGAAAGUUAGAAGUCAAAUGGUGCCAUCUGUUUCUUAAUCUGGCAAGCAUUUAAGAGUAGUGCUCAACUAAGGUACAGUUGAUAAUAACCAUCAAAAGAAUGACUGA